CAUUCAAGAAUAAUGUAACAGAAUCGAGAUUCGAGAUGUAUCUCAAUAUCAUAAUAAAAAUCAACAAGAUCCAAGUUGUCUAAGCCUCCUUCACGGCUGUUAUUAAUAUCCUAAUCGGACCAGUGUACUGACGAAACAUACAGGAAGAAAGAGUAAACGAUUUGCAUACGUUCAAAUGUAAAAUGACGUCUGUGGAUUCUGGAGUGGAGACAGGGAACGAUUCAAACGACAGUUUGGUAGCUCAACAUGAAAGUCUCGCAAGUAAUCAAAUUCCAGGCAGCAGUACAACAAUCAGCACGAACUCGUCAGGAACAUCGUAUGCAGUCAAUUCCCAAGGGCAAGAACAAAGCAGCAUGAGUUUUGAAGAAACACCAGCUAAAUUAUCGCUUCUACCAGGAGCGACUAUAUAUCCAGCUAUAGAAAACUCACCCACAUCCAGUCAGAUCAGUUUACCAACAAGUUCAUCUGAAUCAAUUUUGUUUCGUUGUAUCGAUGCAAGACCCGACAAGCUAUUGGAGUUUCGUAUUCCACCUAUGUGUAAUAUGACGGGCCUUCCAAUGAUGGGAGUUUUCAGAGCAAAAACAUCCUCUCCUGCACAUUGGAGAAGAAAGGAAAGUCUUAUCUAUAGAGACUUUACUGGGCCUCUUAAUGAGCGUAAAAUGAGACUUGCAGCAGCUACCAACAAUAUCGAGUUAAUGCGACAUUUGCUCAGCAUAGGUGUAUCACCAAAUAAUCAGGAUAGAAGAGGUCGUUCUCCACUUCAUUUGGCAUCCUGCAGAGGGUACACAGAAAUGGUGCGUCUAUUGCUAGCAUACAGAGCAGAUAUCAACCAGCGGGAUUGUCUUGGAAACACACCAUUGCAUCUAGCAGCCUGUACUAGUAAAACAUCAGUCGUGACACUGCUUUUGAAGGGCGGUACUGACGUGCUCUCCUCUGAUGCAUUUGGAUGCAAUCCUUUACAGUUGGCACAAUCGAAAUUAAGGAUGCUCCAGAACUGCAGAGGGUCUGAUAUGAAAAAGGUCAAGGAUGAAGUACACAAUGUUGUAGGAAUGUUACUUGCAUAUCUACAAAAACAAAGAGAUGCGCGCGAUCAGGUUGAAGUUUUAAGUACAUUUUGCUCCCGCCUUUCACUCUCAAACACUUCCGACGAGGUUCAGGAUGACGUCAGAGAUUUAUUGGCCAACAUAAACUCUCUCAGUCUGACGAAUUAAAUCGUUCACAUUAUUUUAAUUCAAUUUCCCUAUUCUUUGUCUUUAAUUUCAUUUGAUUCAUUCUGGUACUCCUGAAUAAUAGGUUUUGGGAAAAGUUAACGUCAGUUCUCAAGAAUCAAAAUCAUUUGUUAUAAAUAAUUAUCAUUCGCAAGAUUAACAGACUCCAUAAAAUUUGCUCACCAACUACUUAUUGACCAUUUUUAUAAAAAUGAUGCAUAGUUGCAAAAAUCAUACAUUGCAAUGUUUGUCUUGUGGUUAGCAUAUUUCAAAAAGUUGGAUUAAACCUCGUAUGAAAGUUAUUGUAUACAGUGUAAGAAACGUGUCCAGAUAAUUAGAAUCAAUUGUUCUAUUUACAAUAUUGAAUCAGUAAAUCUCAUAUAGGUCCAUAGAUGGUAUAGGUACAGGAAUGGAGUAGAACUUGCAGUUAUACCAGUAUAGUAGAUACAUAUGUAAUAAUGCGAUCAAAACGACUCCUUAAACUUUCAACUCAUCUUGAACAAUUUCUAUUAGGAAUUUUGUGUUUAACGAAAGCAAAAAGAGGAAAUACGUAUGAUAAAUUAACGUUCGAUAUUGAAGGGAGCCUACAAUUUUUCAUUGACACGUGAUACGCAUCAAAGUUUUCUGUAUGUCGACCAUUAUAUAACUGGAAAUAUUAAGAUGUAUUUUUAUUUUUAUGAAAUUAUAUCCUCUAUUAUUGUAUACAUUACUCACGGUACUUUUACUCAAAUGUUAAAAACAAUUUAACUACAUCUCCACGAGUCUUUUACUCAUUCUCGGGUUGAAUGUCAUUGUCAAAAGCUGUAGAUACCCCAUGUAAUAAUAAUAAUAAUAUCAAGAGACUCGGACAAGUCUCUUACAUUUUCUUAUACAUAUUGGUCUUGUGUUAAUAGUAAGCGUAAAUAUUAUAUACAAUAUUAUAUGUAUACAUAAAUUAGAUUUUGGUGAAUAAAAAUAAUACAUUAUCUUA